AUGCUAUUCCUAUCGUUCUUCUGGACGGUUUCGCUCGCCCAAGUUGUUCCAUUCAAUCAGAUACUACCAGUCCUCACGGGUCCAGUAGUUCAAUUAAGCGCUGAGGAAGAGCUUUACUACCAGCUAGUCAACAUCCGCAACACUACCUGCCAGGCCACUUUGACCUUCGACAAUGCGACAUUCUUACCAAUUUCUGCUAUUGCGAAUCCAAAGAACUGUGCAGGGAAUCAGUCAGCAAAGUUCCGCAUCCCUGGAAGUGUCCCAAAUGGGGCUGCGGCUAUAGAGUGGCAAUGUAUGGGUGUAGAUGGAAUUGCAGUAGAUUUGAUAAUGAUCUCUGGAGGAUCGAGUGAUGUAGAGCAAUUGCUUGUUGAUAGUAAGACGCUGGACAUUGUAGUACGAUGUCUUACCAACUCCACAACGCCUGAGCAUGCGCCGUCUGUAGCACCUUGCAUGUAG